AUGUGGAUGGAGAACGGCUGGGUCAAGACGAACGAAACAGUUUGGGAUUGCGAAGUCAUCAGCAUCGACAGUACCGACGUUUCGUCUGACUCCGAUGUCAGUAUUGCCGCUGACGCCGAUGUGUCGGCAGACGCCGCGAGUAGUUCCGAUGUUGCGACAGCCUCCGUUUGCUCGCCGAACGGGGAGUCUUGCGCACUUACCAUGUGUUGCGCUGAGGUUGGCUCGAAGUGCUACAAGAAGAAUGAUCACUGGAGCUCGUGCAACCAGACUUGCGAACCGAACAGUAUGUGGACGGCGGACGGAUGGGUCACGACGAACGAGACAGUCUGGGAUUGUGAGGAGAUUCGGCUCCCAUGCUCUCCAAACGGGGCGUCUUGCGCACUGUCCCAGUGCUGCGCUGAUCCUGACGCGAAGUGCUACAAGAAGAAUGACUACUGGUUCGCGUGCAACCAAACUUGCGACCCAAACUCCAUGUGGACGGAGGACGGGUGGGUCAAGACGGACGAGGCUGUUUGGGAUUGUGGUGAACAUAUUAUCGAUGAAUCAGAGGACUCGCAGAAUCUCUGGGACUGGUUGCUUCGCCUGCUCAGUAGGUAG